GCGCCCAUCAGUGAGGGUUUUUACAGGUAAGUGGGUUUGUGGAAGGAGUUACAGGUGCCUCUGGGCUGCGUGCACUGAAGUUAAGGUUACUUUGUGGUACUUGUCAGGUAUGCUAUGUGACUCAUCUUCUUUCCCUGAGGCGGUGGCCUCUUUUAGAGACGGCUAUGCAAAUCUGUGGCAAAUGAGUUUGGGAAGACAUCAAAGGUCUGUCUUCCUUUUUUCCUUUUGGAUGAUGCGGUAGAGAGCUGACUGAAUUUCUUCCUUCUUUCCUCCCUGCCAAAAGACAGCUUUGCCAUGGUGGUAUCUGCAACCUUAAAUACACUGAAUAAAAUGCUAAAUAUUCUAAAGCCUAUUUCAUCCUUUUCUAUAGGAGUUCUAGUAUUUUCUCUUCUCCCCUACCUUUCACUUUUGAUAGUAUUUUGGCUUUCAUCUCCUUCCCCCCAUCCCCUUCUGGACAGCUGUAAGCGGUAAUCUGUGAGUGGCAGACUUACUCUGCUGCCCGAGUUUGAACCUCCAGCUUCCCUAAACCUGUCACUCUGCAUACGCUCUGGGAAGCUCUUUGUGGUAGUGUGUUGGUGGAGAAAAACAUAUGCAGUGCAUGAUGUCCAGGUUACUAGGACUGAGCAAGUUGAUGCUUGCCCUGUAGAGUACAUAGGGUUUAAGUAGUUCUGGUGUGCUCUGGACUGCCAAGUGACUGCUUUGUGAUUAUUUAAGGCAGGAGUUCCCAACUCUGAUUAGAAAUGGGCUAUUGAGGCCUUCAGUCUCUUACUGCCUUCUCUUAGCUUCUCUGUACUCCACUUCCUUUUGGUUUGCUGACUGGCAAAGAGACAGUGCCUACUUGUAGUUGCUCAAAAUGCUCAAAAUCUCUGCUCCUCUCUUCCUACCAGCAAUACAUGUUUUUCAAGCCUUUUUAAAAAAGUCUCCUGAACUGGGAUUUCAGGCAGUUGAUCUGUGCAGCUCCCUGCUGCUUUAUAGCUUGUCGUAAAACUCCAUCCUCUGCUCCUCCAGAUAUGGAGUGCAAUGAAUGCAUCUCCCUUGUGCAUUGCACUGCAGCACGCAGAAGACAGAGGCAGGUUGUAGAUGCAAAAGAAGGGGCUAUCAGUUGUAUCCUUUCCUCCUUCCUGUGCAUCAGUUGCAACCUUUCUUCCUCCAUUUCAUAAACGGAGUGGGAGAAGCUUCCUUUUGACAAAGGUGGUACAUGACAGAUAGUUUGGUAGAUGCUGAAGAUGCCCACGUAGCUUGGUGGGUAGAAGAUAGCUCCAGAAUGUGCAUUCACAAUCAUCUGGGCUCAAUGUAAAGAAUUUACUGUUCUGCCUCCAGUUUUCUUAUAACAAUGGAAAUGGUAUUCUUCACUUGAGCUUGGUUUGGGUCGUAACUGUGUUAACGCGUGUGAAGCCUGCUAUUCAGAAAAGCUAAAGUCCUACAAAUGAUGGAAUUGUCAAGUGGCAGUUCUGAACAACCCUUUCUAGAUUAUAUAUUGUUUGUGAUGGGGAUUUCCCAUUAGCGUGAUUUUAGUUUUUAAAAAUGCGAAAACAAAUAGCAACAUAGCAGGUUACACUUGGGAGCUCUCCAUUUUUAGGGUUGUAGAGUCCCAAACUCACUAGUUUGGGAAUGAAAGUAGCACAAAAGGCUUCUUGAAGGAGUUUCAAAGCUAGUAUUGAGUGGGUAAAGUAGUGGCGUUUAUAUCUUCUAAGGAAACUUUUACAUAGCAGAUAAUAGACUGCAGGAUACCUGCCAUCUCCACUGAAAGUUUCUUGUAGUAACCUAGGCAAUUUUUGCCCUUUCGGCAUCUGAUAGCUUUGAAAGAAUAAUAUAUGGCGUAAUUACUGAAGGAUUCUGUCGGUAUGGACUUGGAACAGAGGCCUCAGUGUUUGCAUAAGCAAAGGAAUGAAGUUUGGGCUGAAUUGCACAGAAAAAUUUGUUCCAUGUCAAGAAAACUGCUUGAUUUCUUUGGAUAAGGUUUAAAAGACCUUUUUUUUGGUUUUCCCCAAUGUGUUUCAACACCUUCUUCCAGCUGCUUGAAAGGGGCUUUAAGAAACAUAUUUUUAAAAGAGCAGGGAAUAAGUAGUGUUACACUAAUGGGUUUUUUAAAGGUUCUUCUCAGAUCAAAGGUACAGUUAAUAUUUUGUUUUCAAAGCAAAUGAAAGCAGGAGUAGAUUCACAAAUAUUUUCCAGAUGGAAGAAACUUAAAUGCAUUUUUCCAGUGCAGUUAGAAACCACUCAGAUCCUAGACUUCUACCUUGCAAACUGUAAGGGCAGGCUUUGUUCUACUGAUAUCUGUUCAGCAACAUCAUCCCAGGGUGAUGCCUCCCCUCUGCUGCUGACCCCUCUAAUAUUGGGCAAUUUGCCUCCUUCCUCCUCUGUGUUCUCCUUCCCAGCCCUGACAUGUCUAGAGCCUGCAUUGCAGGCUCUUGCGGUCCUAUCUCCUAGUGUAUCAUUAGAGCUUUUAGCAUAACAAAGCUCUGAUGUCAGUCAAGGCCUUGCAGUGAUAAAGUUAAUCUUUCAGCUGACUACUUUGGCAUUCUUUCUUACCUGCUGUUCAAUUGGGGAUGGGUGCUGCUGAAAGCUUGUCCCCACUAUUUGAAAAAAUUCCUUGUGCGUUUGCCGGGAAAGCCUCUUAGUCAGCACUGAUAGCAGUGGUGAAGGCAUUGCUGUUCACCUUCCAGAAGCUCUAUUUCUCACGACUGUGCUUGGGAGAACUCCUCCCUUGAGACACCUAAAAGGCCUAGGGCAAGCAGAUAUAGCAGAGGUGUUGGUGAGAGGCCGUCAGGAGGGGUUGGUCAAAGCAUCCAUGGUGUUUUAGGUGAACCUGAGGCGUUCCUGUGCAAGAAGGAAGCACAUGGCAAAUAAUAGGACUGCAAGGAAGUAGAUGCCCAGCAUCAGCUCAUCUGGGAAUUUGCUGAGCUGAGACAAUUUAACCCACUGGAUGCAACCCAUUUUUUAUGAUGGGGAUCUAGUAUUAAGGGAUUUAUUUUCUUUGCAGUGGAUGGUGGAAUUGGGGGGAAUGACAUUUAGGAAACUUUACUUUAAAGCAUGGCUUGUGCAAUGCAAAGCCUUUAUAUCUCCUUCAGAUGGACUUGGUCAAGCCUUGUCAUGCUGUAGAUUAAUAGUUUUUUUUUUGUAAGCCCUCACUUCACCCUGUCCCACUCUCCCCUGGUCUGCUCUCCUAGCUUCGUGUGACGGGACUGUCCUGUGAACAAAACUUUGGGAACCUCUGCCUUUAAAAACUAAACACCAUCUCCCAUGGCCUGGGGCAAAUUAUAGAGAAGGUGGAGUGGUUUGGUGGUAGCCUAGUUUAUCUUCAAUUUAAUGAAGACUGUAAGCCCCUCCAUUAAUGAGGGUUUUCCUCAUAUAAUGGAGGAGGGAUGAACGGCACAAGCAAAAUGAUGGAUUUCCUGGAGGAACCUCUUCCUGGUGUGGGGACCUACGAAGAUUUUAACACUAUAGAUUGGGUGCGAGAGAAGUCCAGGGACCGGGACAGGCACAGAGAGAUUACCAGUAGAAGUAAAGAGUCAACAUGGGCCCUGAUACACAGUGUGAGUGACGCUUUUUCUGGCUGGUUGUUGAUGCUUCUCAUAGGAUUGUUAGCAGGUUCCUUAGCUGGUCUGAUAGACAUUUCUGCCCACUGGAUGACAGAUCUGAAAGAAGGAGUGUGUCUGGCAGGCUUCUGGUUUAACCAUGAGCACUGCUGUUGGAAAUCUAACACAACGUUUACAGACAGAGACAAGUGUCCAGAGUGGAAGAGCUGGUCGCAGCUUAUUAUUGGCCAUGGGGAGGGGGCAUUUGCAUAUAUUCUCAACUACUUCAUGUACGUUAUCUGGGCCUUGUUAUUCUCCCUUCUUGCUGUGUUACUUGUAAAGGGGUUUGCUCCUUACGCCUGUGGCUCAGGAAUCCCAGAGAUCAAAACUAUCUUAAGUGGUUUCAUCAUUAGAGGCUACCUGGGCAAAUGGACGCUGAUCAUCAAAACUGUCACCUUAGUGUUGGCGGUGUCCUCUGGCCUCAGCCUGGGAAAAGAGGGCCCCCUGGUGCACGUCGCAUGCUGCUGUGGGAACAUCUUGUGUCAUCUCUUCACCAAAUACAGGAAAAAUGAAGCGAAGCGCAGAGAGGUUUUAUCAGCGGCUGCCGCUGCUGGCGUGUCUGUAGCUUUUGGUGCACCGAUUGGAGGAGUGCUCUUUAGCCUGGAAGAGGUCAGUUAUUAUUUUCCUCUUAAGACACUGUGGCGCUCUUUCUUUGCUGCUCUGGUAGCUGCAUUUACUCUGCGCUCCAUUAACCCUUUUGGGAACAGCCGGCUGGUUCUCUUCUAUGUGGAGUUUCACAUGCCAUGGCAUCUUCUGGAGCUUAUACCAUUCAUCCUUCUGGGAAUAUUUGGUGGGCUUUGGGGAGCUUUCUUCAUUCGCAGCAACAUCGCCUGGUGCAGGCGGCGUAAGACAACCAGACUUGGCAGAUACCCAGUGCUGGAGGUGUUUGUAGUGACUGCAAUCACAGCUGUUCUGGCCUUCCCCAAUGAAUACACCAGAAUGAGCACCAGUGAGCUGAUUUCUGAACUAUUCAAUGACUGUGGGAUUUUGGAUUCUUCCAAGCUCUGUGAGUAUGUGAAUGAUUUCAACAGCACCAAAGGGGAUGACCUGCCAGACCGAGCUGCUGGCCCAGGAGUUUACACAGCCAUGUGGCAGCUGGCUUUGGCCCUUAUAAUGAAAGUCUUCAUCACAAUCUUCACAUUUGGCAUGAAGGUCCCUUCAGGUCUCUUCAUCCCCAGCAUGGCAGUUGGUGCUAUAGCAGGCAGAUUGCUAGGAGUAGGAAUGGAGCAGCUGGCUUUUUACCACCACGACUGGGUCAUCUUCAGUGGCUGGUGCAGCCAAGGGGCUGACUGUAUCACUCCUGGCCUGUAUGCAAUGGUUGGGGCUGCAGCAUGUCUAGGUGGGGUGACCCGAAUGACUGUGUCGCUGGUGGUCAUUAUGUUUGAGCUCACUGGUGGCCUGGAAUACAUAGUUCCUCUGAUGGCAGCAGCCAUGACCAGCAAGUGGGUGGCAGAUGCCAUUGGGCGGGAAGGCAUUUACGAUGCUCAUAUUCGUCUCAAUGGCUACCCCUUCUUGGAAGCCAAGGAAGAGUUCUCACACAAGACACUUGCGAUGGAUGUAAUGAGGCCACGGAGGAACGAUCCUCCUCUGACUGUCAUCACUCAGGACAGCAUGACAGUAGAAGAUGUUGAGGCCAUAAUCAAUGAAACAACAUACAGUGGCUACCCUGUGGUGGUGUCACGGGAGUCCCAAAGGCUUGUUGGAUUUGUCCUCAGGAGAGACCUCAUCAUUUCAAUCGACAAUGCCCGGAAGAAGCAGGAUGGGAUUGUGAGCACUUCAAUUAUUUAUUUCACUGACCACUCUCCUCCACUGCCUCCGAGCUCCCCGUCCAUGCUCAAACUCAGGAGCAUCUUGGACCUCAGUCCUUUCACAGUGACAGACCAAACGCCCAUGGAAAUUGUUGUGGAUAUAUUCCGCAAGCUCGGAUUGCGUCAGUGCCUGGUCACUCACAAUGGGAAGCUACUUGGGAUCAUUACCAAAAAGGACGUAUUAAAGCACAUUGCACAGCUGGCUAACCAGGACCCAGAUUCUAUACUCUUCAAUUAAAGGCAGACUAAUAGGUAUUGUGUGUUUGACACAGAAAAAACUUUAUAGUAAAGAUCCUGGAUAUUCUUUCCUAUUUUUAUUGAGACCUUGGAACUGUUUUUGGCAUUUCCUUCUAUGGAGCUGAAGAUUUUUGUUAUUUGUUUUUUUUCCUACAGGAUAACCAAUUGCACUACAUAAUCUGUGGAAAUUAAUCUUCUCUUUAGAAGAAAAAAGACUUUAUUUACAUUGCUUUUGUGAAGUUGCAUUGGAAAGAUUCCAUGAAGGAGUAAAAGCAAAAUGCUACAGAUUUAUAUCUCUUUUUAUUUUAUUUGAAUUAUUGUAACUAAUGUGGGGAAGGAAAGACAAGGACCCAGUUCUGUGUCUUCAGAAGCUUUGAAGGAGAAGGAUGAUUUUGCAUGCAGUGUUCAGGUGGUGGCAGAAAGAUACAAUUAUAACUCAGGGGCAGUAUAUUCCCGGUUAGCCACUUAGUCCUUCUGCGGUCAAACAGAAGGACAGAGAAAAAAGAAAAAAAAAGAAAACGAAACACCAAAUUGUAAGAUAGCUCUGUAACUGACCCGAUAUAAGAGCUCAACUCCUUAGUUAUCAGCAUCGGCUAGCUGAGGACGUUUUAGUGAAAGAAGGACAACAAACAAACAAAUAGCCCGAAGAGCAGAUCUGCUCAAAACUGGACUCAGUUUCUGACUGGGAAGAAGCUUAUUUUGGUUACUCUUUUGUGAAUGUAUUUAAUUUCACUCUGUGGCUUGCUUGCUAGGAGAAUCUAAAGGAGGAGGCAAGAGGAGUUAAUGGUUGUGUUCUUGCAUUUUUCCUUUCUUAGGAGGACAAAGCCUUAGGAAGAUAUCUGAUUUCUCUUGAGCCUGUAAGUGAAAUGGCAAAGGCCGAGUCUGAAGUUAUUGCCCUGGCUUUACUGCACUUCCAGCCAAUCCCUGAUCACAUUAGAUAUUGCACAACUUACCUCUUCCUUAAUCAGCAGCAUCUUAUGUUGUUGAGGAUGUCUUAGAGGAGGCUUCUGUACCCAGGAUGUUUACAUGAAUACACAUUCUGUUCCCUACUCCUCUCCCUAGUCCUGUACCAAACUCAGGCUCAAAUCCUGACUCUAGGAUUGAGAACACUGCCACUUUAUGUAUGUUCACCACUUGGUGUCUCUCCUUUUACCAACAACUAUGCAAUAAAAAUCCUUUCUGACCACUGUCAGCAAAACAGCUUGUCCCUCAGUUGUUCCAUUCCAAGUCUGUGCUUUUCAAAUCCCCCUCCCAGAUUUUAUCAAAUUAUUUUUCUGUUAAUGAAAACUGAAAUUUUGAAAGUAUAUAAAUGCAUUUGGAGGCCAGUGUUAUUUAUCAUGGCUUCCAUCUAGAGCAGACUUUAUUUCACUGUAUGUGACUGAGGAUUGUUACUGGAAACAGAGCUUCCAUUUGUCUCUGGCUCACCCGUGGGCAUUGAGAAGGGAGCCUGGAGCUGACUGUCCACGUGAAGGGAGCCAAGCUCUCAUUGAGUGAUGGCCAAGAAUUAAGGAGUCUGAGAAAUGAGUAGGGGCUCUUAAUCUGCUUCCUGAUGGACAAACCUCUGGCUGGUAAACACAUGUUGCACUUUGCACAAGCAUGCCUCUCUGGCAGUCUUGACUGAAGAGGCCACAGCGACUGAACUUCCCUUGUCCCUGGCUGAGGUACCCUCAGAAUAAGGUUGAGGCAUCACUGGCAGAAAGUGAUAAGGUGUCAGCCUGAGACUGCUACCCCUACCCAUGAUACACCUGUUCUGUGGGUAAAUGGGACUCCUGCCUAGAGCUGACAGGAAAUGUUGCCAAUCUUAAAAACUCUUGAGUAUAAAUAAACUCUUCAUCUGUACUUUGAACAGAAGUCAGCUUAUUUUUUCAAAGCCAUCCAACAACAGGUAUCUGUCACCACUGCUUUAAUGCUGCAGUGAGGUGAUGUCUGCCACUUGAAUUAUUGUACGGUUGAAAGUGGAUUUAGACCAAAAAUGUUACUACUGGAUCAGAUAUCUUCUAAGAAAAUAAAUGCCUUGACUUUGUCUGUGA